AUGAAUCAAAGCGCCGCCAGCCGCGGCGACAGCUCAACCAGGGCGCCGAGCCAUCGUCGCACCAGUUCUGACUACGCGACAGGCCACGGUUUCGACACAGCGGGCCAGUCCGCGCCGCGCCGCGCGCUGACUCGGUCCGCGUCGUUUCAGCCGAUCGACGGAUCCGACGCGGAUUCGCUCUCCAGCGGCUCGCCCGACGCGGAGGACUCGUUCGCUUUCCACGUCAGCGUCCCCGGGAUCCGCGCCGCCGCCGCCUCCGUCGCUUCUGCCGCGCCUGCCGGUGCGGCGCUACCAUCGCGGAUUUUCUCGACCGCAGAAACCGACGGCGCGGAUGCGCGCCAGCUCAGCUCUACGGGAGCGCCACGAUCUCCCUCCCGAUCAGCGGCUGCGGCGGCAGCUGCGGCGAUUGCCCCCGCGCAAACUGGCGCCUCACGCCGCAGUGGUCCUCAGUCCCCAACCCCGCCCACCUCCCAGGGCUUUCCGCGGACUCCCAGUCUCCGCCUUCCGCCUUCCCCCGCGUCCUCCCGCCGCGGCAUCAUCUCUCCCUCUAGCUUUCACGCGUCCGCCUGCCCGCUUCCACCGCCUUCGCCUUCCGCCUCUCCCGUUUCUUCCCCCUGCCUAUCCCCGUCCUCGUUCGCAUUCGCCGUCCCUCGUGCGAAUUCUCGCGAAAAUCGAGCAUCGUCGGCGGCGAGUAGUAGCAUAUCACGUGGCGGCGACGGCGGGAGCGGAUUCGGGCAGCGCGGAAAUCUUCCGCGCAGCAUGAGCAGCCAAUGGGAGAGCUCAUCGCGCAGCCUGCGGGCAGGGCGAAAUCUUUCUGUGAGCAGCCCGAACCGGAUGCUGUCGACAAAUCUGAACCUGAAAGCAGCAAUGGCGUGUGUUGCGGCUGACUCAGCAGCAGGCGCGGCUGACUCACCAACAGGCUCGGCUGACUCACCACGCGCUGGCGCUGCUGUCUCUGCAGCAAUGCCUUCGCCCACUCGGAGUGCGACAGCUGGCGGCAUCCUCCGACGUGGCGGGCUGAAAAGAAUGCCGUCGUUUGACAGCAUGUCGCGUUCGUAUGCCACGUCAUCAUCCCCUUCCAGUUCACCUCUCUCAAUCCACACCGCCGCCAACCCACCUGCCACAGCCAUCCCUACCAAGCCUCUGCCCAAACCUGCUACCGCUGGUCCUGCCGAAGCUGCUGCCGAAGCCACAGGCUCCGGCGCUGCUGCAGCUGCUGCUCCCUCCCCAAGCCUCUCCCCCAAGGGUUCCCCCCCCACUCCGCAGUUGUCCCCAGGUCGUUCACCCAAGGGCAAACAUGUUCGGCGCGUUUCUUUCUGCAGUAUGCGGGGCAGCCAGAGUUUUACCGAGCGGCCGCACCACCACUCUUUUGAGGCGCCUCAGAAUGUUCCCCCUGCUGCCCCGCAUCCCAUGCAGCGGGGCAGCCAGAGUUUUACCGAGCGGCCGCACCACCACUCUUUUGAGGCGCCUCAGAAUGUCCCCCCUGCUGCCCCGCAUCCCAUGCAGCGGGGCAGCCAGAGUUUUACCGAGCGCCCGCGUCGCCACUCCCGCUCCCCGUCCUACUCCGGAUCUCUCCUACUGGUUCCCGAGCCUGCAGCCCAGCCUCAGGGCAUUCGCCGAAGCUCCUCGUUUCAGAGUCUAGGCUCGGGUGCGUCAGCAGGCCAGCACAGCAGCUAUGGUCGGCCAAGGCACCAACUAGCUUACCACCCAUCACACUACCCGUCGAACCACACAGCACACCUCCCAUCCAACCUCUCACCCAAAUACCACAGCAGCCAGAGCUACUCAGCGGCAGGACAAAGCUUCAGCAGGGAAGGGAAGAAAGAGGGGAGACAAUCUCCAGAGUUGGGAGAUGUGGGGGUGGGGAGCGGUUCUGGGGAGUUAGAACUGCAGCUUAAGAUUCCUGUGCCGCCCAAAAUGCCUUCCCCUAGGCUGUCCCCCUCACCACGGGUGCAGAAGCUGCUGCAGCACAUGUGGGGUGACCUGGAUGAUGGUGAUUCUGCAUAG